AUUUCCUGACAGGUCCUGGCAGAUGAGAGGAAGGAAGGAGGGGGAGGAGUCCUCGGUGACAGUUGUCCCAGCAAGGGCAUAAACAGGAUGUGGUGUUGGAUGAAACCUUCCUCCUCCUGCACAGCCCGCUCCCCACAGCCUCAGGCCCCACCCCUAUAAGACAGCGGAACUGAGAAAAGAAGAGGCCUGUGGACAGAAAAACCAUGUCUGACUCCCUGGUGGUGUGCGAGGUAGACCCAGAGCUAAGAGAAAAGCUGAGGAAAUUCCGCUUCCGAAAAGAGACGGACAAUGCAGCCAUCAUAAUGAAGGUGGACAAAGACCGGCAGAUGGUGGUGCUGGAGGAAGAAUUUCAGAACAUUUCCCCAGACGAGCUCAAAAUGGAGUUGCCGGAGAGACAGCCCAGGUUCGUGGUUUACAGCUACAAGUAUGUGCACGCGGAUGGCCGAGUGUCCUACCCUUUGUGUUUCAUCUUCUCCAGCCCUGUGGGCUGCAAGCCGGAACAACAGAUGAUGUAUGCAGGGAGUAAAAACAGGCUGGUGCAGACAGCAGAGCUCACGAAGGUGUUUGAAAUCCGCACCACUGAUGACCUCACCGAGGCCUGGCUCCAAGAAAAGUUGUCUUUCUUUCGUUGAUCUCUGGGCUGAGACCUGAAUUCCUGAUGUCUGAGUCCUCAAGGUGAUUGGGGACUUGGAUUCCUAGGACCUGAACAAGGAAGACUUUAAAUAAAUUUAAAAAUGCAAAAACUCA